UCAGCACGAGCGCUUCCUCUCGGAAAUACCUUCAUCACUUGAGGCUCGCGAUCACCUGCUGAAGAUCUGAACGCGUACAGUAUGAUGAAGAUGAACGAGUCGCUUCACGCGUUUGACUUCGAGCGUCGCUUUAAUGAUCGCGCCGCGCUGGAGUGGUUUGAGCAGAACUGGGGAGCAGCGUUUGUUCUGUCGGGUGUGUAUGCGGUGUUUAUAUUUCUCGGACGCAUCUUUAUGAAGGACAGGCAGAAGUUGGACCUGCGGAAGCCUCUUGUGCUCUGGUCAUUAUGUCUGGCCAUAUUCAGUAUAAUGGGAGCGACGCGGACGAGCUGGUACAUGUUCAAUAUGGUGCGGUCACAUGGGCUCCGGGAGUCUGUGUGUGACUCUGAGUUCUACAGCGCCCCCAGCAGCAAGUUCUGGGCGUUUGCCUUCACUCUGAGUAAAGCGCCUGAGCUCGGGGACACGGUGUUCAUCGUCCUGCGUAAGCAGCGUCUGAUCUUCCUGCACUGGUAUCAUCACAUCACUGUCCUGCUCUACAGCUGGUACACGUAUAAAGACCGCGUGGCCGGCGGCGGCUGGUUCAUGGCCAUGAACUACACCGUCCAUGCAUUCAUGUACAGCUACUACACGGUUAGAGCGUCCGGCACUCGCGUGCCGCGACCCAUCGCCAUGAUGAUCACGCUCAUGCAGAUCACGCAGAUGCUCGUGGGGCUGAGCGUUCUGGGGCUCCUCUAUCUCUGGAGAAACGAAGUCCACUGCAUCUCCACCAUGCACAACAUCACCUACGCCUUUAUCAUGUACCUCAGCUACCUGCUGCUCUUCUCCAUCUUCUUCUAUCAGUCCUACUUCAAACGCUCUGGAGACGAGAAGAGAGUGAAACGAGAGUGAGAAGAACUCAUCGCUGCAGUCCACAUCCGUCCUGUUCCUUUAAAAUAAUGCAAAACCAUCCAUAAAGAGAAUUGAAAACACUGGUUUCCUUCCUCCGAGAUUAAAAUACUGUAUAUGACUGCAUCAUAAAUGUUCACGAAGAGCACUAAGUGAAUGUGACAAAACCAGUCAACAACAGCUCAUAUCAUAUCAUAUAUUUUGAAGAGAAGAAAUUAUAUUUAGCAUUAGGAAAAUAUAGAACUAUCCCUUAAAUGUUGUUUUUAGUGAUUAGAGUUUAAAGAAGAACUAAUAAAAUAUUUAAAGAAUGAAAUAAGAUAUAUAUAUAUAUAUAUAUAUAUAUAUAUUUUAAAAUGUAUUAUAUAUAUUUUUUUGUGGCUUUUUUUUUUUUUUGCAUUGUGACUUUUUUUUAAUGACAAUUAAGAACAUGAGACCUCCACAUUUCACAUUAUUGUAAUGUAAUAAUAAAACAAUUAUAUAUUAUUUAAGUUGUAAUGCACUUACAGGACAAUAUAUCUUGUAUAGCAUGUAAGUUGUUGAUUUAAUUUUUAAAAUGAUUGAAUGACAGUAUUUUAUAAGGUGUGCAUCACUUAAUUGUUAUGAAAAUAAUGUCACAAUGCAACAAAAAAAAAAAAGUUCUUAAAAUAAUUUUAUUUUAUUCAUGCAAAAUGUGAUUUUAUAUGUUUUUCAAACGCUUUUAGGAUGAAAUGUGACUUUGAUCAAAUAUUUUGUGAGAUUCGCCUGCUAACAGAAGUCCUUUUUCAUAAGUGAAUGAGUUAAUUGUGUUAAUGUUUACAGGACUUGUGUGUUAAAGCAUUGAUUUUAUCACGUUGCAACAUCUCCUCUGAUGAUGAAACCACUGAUCGUGUAAUGUUAAGUUGCUACAAACAUGAGUGAAGAAUACCCUUCAAAACAACAACAAAAAAAUCCCCAAAAGUUGAGCUGAAGCUGCUGAAUAUUACAGUAUAUUCACACACAACUACAUUUGCCAUGAAAUGUCCAAAUUUAAAUUUGCACAAAACCUCAUUGCAGACAUGUAAGAAAGAAUUUAAAAGGGUUUGCCGUUUAUAGAGUUAAUUGUUUAAAAGUGUCAGUAAAAAUGAGCAUUUGCAGGUUUUUUAAGUAUAUAUUACUGUAAAACAGAUGAUGCGUGUGACAUAUUUCUGCACUUCUGAUUCCUAGGCUUACUGUGAAUAUAUAGCGCUUCAGUGUAUCAUGAAGAUCUGCGUGGAUCUCUAAACUAGUUUGACUGGAGAAUACAGAGUUCCUAUUGUGUUUGUGUUUGUUGGUUGCCUGUCAGACGGUGGAAAGUCGUCUUUCUGGUUAGUCAACAUUCAGCAUUCGAGUUGAUCUGGUUGAUUGUCAGCAGGUUUAUCAGCAUCUGUGCUUUUCUAGAAGCUUUUUCUCAAGUGAAUGAAUGUGUUGUCUCAGAGUUUCAUUGUCUUCAUUCAUUCAUUCUGUUCGAUGGAUGCUAGUUUAUCUGUUCCUCUGAAUUCUCUCAAACAUUAGAAAUGCCAAACAUCAUUUGAAUGUAUUUCGCUCACAUUUUUUUUUUUUUAUAUGAACAAUUAACCAAAUGUUUUUUUCAUUUUAAGAUAUGAGUUUGUUUGCAAAGCCCUGGUCUUCUGUUUAGACUGGGAAUGUUCUGAGGCAUGGGUUUAUUAAUAAUAAACACCUA